ACACAGUGCUAGCCCAGUGCUCUGAUGGAUUCACGUAUAACUAUUUCUGCACGGUCCAGAACUCUUGGAACAUGAAUCGAAUUCUUUGAACUCUUGGACCCUGUCUUGUAUAAUUCAUGUUCUCUUAUUAUUUUAUUUGUUCCAAUUAGUGAGGAGUGAGUGAAUCAGGAACAUCAGAGGGAACUUCUGCAUCUACAGCGUUUGACAGUCUGCCAUGACAAAGGAAUGUGUUUUUGUGAAAUUCCACCAUCAUGUCGCUGAGCUGCUUCGGGCCACAUCACCUCAUCCACAUCGCAGGCCAUAUUGUCUCUUGCCAGGCACCGCGGGAGAAACGCCCUGGAAUGGCGAAUGAAUCCAUCCUGGGAAGGCCUCCACUGGGAUGUCAACACAGGCCAGCUCCAUUGCCCUCAGGAGGUUCUCUCUAGUGUAUGUCUGUCAUAAAUCUUCAGAGGUGGCAACCCUAGGCAGAAGAGGAAGAGCUGUCACUAUAUCUAAUAAAGAGGAAGACGGACAGAAGCAGAAAUGUCUGAUCAGUGUGAUCUGUGUCUGCUGGGACUGAUCAUUCUCUCUUCACUUCUCACAGGCACCAGUGGAGUGGAUGAGACUAUUGUGUUCAUCAGUUCUGGUGUAGAUGUCUCUCUGUCCUGUAAUAAAGCUCUUUCUGACUGCAAAUCAACAUCAUGGAUCUACUUAAACAUGGUCAGAUUUUCAGGGAUAGUUAAUCUGAUUACUUUAGGGAUAAAGAAGAACGACACAGAGAGACAUGAGACACUGAGUCUGGAGUCUGACUGCUCUCUGAACAUCAAGAACGUCACAGAAGAAGAUUAUGGAUUAUACAUCUGCCAACAAUAUGUGGAUAACAGACCACAAGGAACUGAUGCACGUGUUUUUCUGCAUGUUCUUCAUGUUUCAGUGUCUUCAUCACCAUCAUCAUCAUCUUCAUCCUCUCAGACUGAGAUCAGUCCAGGCCGCUCUGUGACUCUCUCCUGUCAGUUGUAUACAUAUACUGGAUACUCCUGUGAUGAUCGGGUCAGUUCUAGGGGAGUUGAGCUGUUGUGGGUGAAUCAGGCUGGUGUUGAUCUGAAGACAGACUCCAGAUAUCAGAUAUCAUCAUCAUCAUCAUAUCCCUGUAUCAUCACUCUGACUACAACACUCCUGAAUGAAGAUGAGAACAGAGAGUGGAGAUGUCAGCUUACUCGGGAAAAUCAGCUCCAGACCUCAGUCACAUACACUGUCAAGUAUUCAGCUCCAGUUGAUCCAACAACAGCAGUGAGUCCUUCUACACAAGCUAAUACAACAACACCAGACACAGACUCUCAGGAUCAUUCAACUACAAUCACAGUCAUAGGGAUUUCUGUCGCUGCAGUCGCUGUUCUCCUUCUUGCUCUUCUCUGGCUGAUCUGCAGAAAAACAGCUGAUAAUAAAGUCGGGACUGGCGACUCUGCGGUCAAAGAUGUGGAUGAACAUAAAGGGACGUAUGAGACGAUCAACAUGUCCAUUCCUCCUGAUCUAAGAGCCGAUGAGUAGACAGAUGAUGUGACUUAUUCUGAGGUCUCUUCAAAGCCAGUAAAAUCACUCGAUGAUCAUGAUACCGUGACUUAUACUGCCAUCAGAUGAAGAGAAGAUAAACCGCAGGAUCAACUUUACAAGAACUAGACCUUAAAUACACAUUAAUGAUACAGAUCAUGAGCUCGUCACGUCAGGAGCAGACGGGGAGUUUUUAUUCUCUCUGGUGUUUUGCGGAUUUAAAUAUUAUAUGAUGAACAAGCAGAUAUUUGUUGAAUAUCCUAUGAAUGUGAAUGAGAUUUAUAGUGUAAAAGACUGGAAAACUGGUUAAAGAGAAAAUAUAUGACCAGUGGCCUCUAAAGACAAUGGCAAAA